CCGCCGCAUGCAUGCAUAUCGCGAAGAAAGCAAGAGGUGAGCGGCCAUCAGGGAAGGAACACUCGAACGUGAGACGGCAGCAAUAAAGAAAGCAAGAGGUGGCCUCGGAGUGGCCCCCCAUGACCUCGAGCGACACCGAUCAAGCAAUCAUGCGGCACAGAUGCAGCAGGGCUGGCCGCUGCUUCCUCCCGGCCCGGACUGGACGGAUCGAAGGGAGGCGUCCGGGCGGAGCAGUCUCUCGAGCAGGUCCUUUUCCCUACAACCACCGCACGAUCUGCCGCGAAUCCCACCCCAGCUUUCUCUCCCGCACAAAAGGAGACGCAGAUAUAUUAUCCUGCUACACUACAGCUUACCGGCCGGUGCUAGAUAAUUAUUUGCCGAUCCGCGCAUGCGCAAUGCCGCCGUCGCCGGAGAUCAUGAGCUGCUGCUCGUCCUCGGAGGAGGAGGAGCCGUCGUCGCCGACGGCUGCCGGCGACGAGCGGCUCCUGGUGCAGCUGGUCCCGAGGGCCGUCUCGGACGGGCUCCUCGGCAAGUUCGCGGACACCAGCGCGUUCGACUUCGACUACGAUCGCAGCGGGCUCUGGUCGCCGCUGGUGCUGCGCCACGACUCCCUGCUGCUCGCCGCGGCGCAGUCUCCGGGCCGGCGUCGCGGACUGCGGCCGCGCCGGCGGUGGCGCCGGAAGCGGAGGAAGAUGAUCUGCUGCUGCUGGCGAUGGUGGUGAUGUGCGGUGCGGCUGUGGCCUGCGAUGAUCAGAUGUUCUGCAGCUGAAUCUUUGCAUUUGUUCUGCAAUAUACAGGAGACAAUAUAGCGGCCGCCUGGUCGAUGUUGGUAACAUGUAUGUAUGCGCGCGGUGGGGCAAAGUCCAAAUGCAAGACGACAUUUGUUGUAUAAUUCAGUGGCAGCACGUAGUACACUGCGGCCUUUUGUGAUUGGUCAUCAUUCUUGGAGGCAUCUGGCAUUCGGAUGCACACUGUAAUUAAUAAUUACACUUUGUUUUUUCUUAUGUUUCGUUGCGUCUAGCAAAAGACAAAUUAAACUAGCUUUUACAGAUCAUUUGGGAGUUUGUGACGUUCCUCUACUUCACUACUGUGAGACAGUCGAGGACACAGCAUGCCCCCCCGCACAGUACACAUUGUUGUAUAAUCUUGUAUUAGUAUUAUUAUAUACGUGUACUCGUCCGGAAA